GCGAGAAUCAAACGUUCCUGAGAGACGUAACGUUAACCACCACGAUACUCGGGCCGAGCAACAUGGCUCCAUACUUGCACCUGCUUGCGCCGGUGCUUCUAAUCUAUCUGGCAGCCGACGGUCACAGCGUUCUGCUGUAUCCGCAGCGAACCCUGUUACAAUUCACGUUGGGCGUCUCGGUCCCGGUAACCAUGAACAAAAGGGGCGGCGUGGUGUUCUCCGCCGCAUUUCAAUUAAAUUAUAAACUUCCAUCGAACUUGUCGGAACUCGAGCCUACAAUAAUACCGGCCCGCCAGAUGAGGGACUUGCAGCUCCAGGACACUUACGGGACCAUCGAAAAUAUAUUCAACCGGCAUGGCUGGCGGGACGGCAAGAACUGUCUUUUAAGGACCAUUUGCGAGCUCGCGGAGACACCAUUUGGCAGGACACGGGGCCACGACGUCCUCGAGGAGGUGAUCCACUUAAUUUUAACACCAACCGAGGACUUGCCAAGGACAGCUAAUUCCACUCACCGCAGCGUCGACGAAUUGUAUCGGGAAGCGGAACGAUUGGGAAGAUCUGGCGGUGACUGCAUCUUGGCCUAUCCCGAUUGCAUCGAGUCACCUUUGGAAUCAUUCACGGAGAUCGCAUUCCCUUAGGGGAUCCGGGAUUUAAACGUCUGCCUGCUGCCGAUCACGACUUCUUCCUCGAGGGUGGGUCUGUCGUUUAUUUGUCCGACGCCUUCGAGAUCUACUGAAGUUCUGCUGCACGUGAACUGAUAUUGCUAUGAUACGAAAUUCAUGGUCAAACUGGCACGAUCAAACACUGCGAACACACUGUGAAACAUUCGUGGAGUAUAAGACUGUUCCGAGUUAAUAAUAUUUAAGUAUUAUUUGAUGUAAUCGUUAUUCUGCAGUUCAAAUGGAAUUUCGAUAAGAUAUUUUUAUUUUCAUAAGAAUAAAAUAUUCUUAUGAUUUUCUUAAAUGAUAAAAGACAUCUUAUUAAAUAAUAGAAGACAUUUUUUUAUUAAAUAGCAUAAGAACUCUUAGCGUAAUUAUUUAUUUACAACGAACUACGGCUAUAGUGAAAGAUCGUGUCGUAUACAGUGAGCCACGAUCAAAUCAAUCAAAGGAAACGCAACGGUCUUUCGAUUGUAGCUGAUGUUGGAAACAUUGUACUAUAUAAUAAAAAUCAUUGUUCGAUGCAUUUGCAUUUUCGAAUUCAUGAAACAUUCCAAUUAAAAUAUUUUCACGAAUCAGAAAAAGUGAUCUGUUUCUAUAUCUUGUGUAAAUUGAAAUAACAAAUCUGUAAGAAAUUAUACUAAUAAAGAGAGAGGGAUAUUGAUAUA